AUGGUGGUCGUCGCACGCUUUCGCAGGUGUGCCGCAAACUCUUUUGGCAUGAUUCCCAAGACUUGCCUUGCCGCACCAAGACUUGCAGGACACUUUUGCCAAGCUGUGAGCAAGAGACAAAGUUCUCUGGCAACACAUGUUCCGCCGGUGUCAGCUGCUAUUGUGAAACCGGGUGCUGACCCCUACGACUGGGACUGCGAAGUCGACUGGAAGGACAUGCUCAAACUUGAGAGCAGGCUCUCUGAAGAGGAAGUGUUGAUCAAAGACACCGCGCGACAAUUUGCAGAUGCGGAGUUGAUGCCAAAGGUCUUGAAUGGCUUCAGGGAGGAAACCUUUGACAGGGGCCUCAUGAAGGCCAUGGGCAAGGCGGGUCUUUUAGGGUCCUUCAUUGAGGGCUAUGGAUGCGCCGGUGCAUCUGCCACAUCAUAUGGACUGAUCGCCCGUGAGGUGGAGCGAGUCGAUUCCGCCUACAGAUCGGCACUGUCAGUGCAGUCAUCUUUAGUCAUGAAUCCGAUCAACCUCUUCGGGUCUCAGGAGCAAAGAGAUCGUUUCCUGCCACGCUUGGCAUCUGGAGACCUCGUUGGCUGCUUCGGGCUCACAGAGCCUGACCACGGCUCGGAUCCCAGCGGCAUGGUGACAAGGGCCGUGGACAAGGGGGAUCACUUCUUGUUAAACGGCGCAAAGAACUGGAUCACCAACUCUCCGAUCGCUGACGUUUGCCUGGUAUGGGCGAAGACGAGCACUGACAACAAGGUACGCGGCUUCCUGGUAGAGCGGGGGAUGGAGGGCCUCUCCACUCCGAAGAUCGAGGGCAAGUUUUCUCUUCGGGCAUCUCCCACGGGUAUGAUUCAGCUUGAUGACGUCAAAGUUCCAAAGGACAACGUUCUGCCAAACGUUGUCGGCAUGCGUGGGCCUUUCGCCUGCCUGAAUUCAGCUCGGCUCGGUAUCGCCUGGGGUGCUCUGGGUGCUGCAGAGUUUUGCCUUGAAGCUGCAAGGAACUACACUUUGGGCCGGCAGCAAUUUGGCCGCCCACUCGCGGCCAACCAGCUGAUCCAGAUGAAGAUGGCCAACGCGAUGACGGACAUCACGAUCGGACUCAAUGCCGUCCUGCAAGCCACGCGCAUGAAGGAGGCUGGGGAGCUGCACUCCAAUGUCAUUUCCAUGAUGAAGCGCAACUCGUGCACGAAGAUGCUGACUAUUGAUUGGUGCAUGCAGACAUGCUGCACCCAGUGCAGACUUCAUGCUCUUGAGAUCGCACGUACUUGCCGAGACAUGCUUGGAGGUAACGGAAUUGUGGACGAGUAUCACGUCAUCCGCCAUGUCUGCAACCUCGAGGCUGUCAACACCUAUGAGGGCACAGCUGACAUCCAUUCUUUGGUGCUAGGCCGUGCGAUAACUGGAAUCCCGGCCUUCAAGUGCUUUCGUGAGGACGGAGGAGUAACGGAGAUUUUGGGAACUCAAAAAAGUGGGUCCAUCACAAGCAUGGAGCCGACGGUGGACCAGAUCUUGCUCUCCGGCGGAUCCCUCUUGCGCACCCCCGGCCGGAGCUCUUGUAGAUCCGAUCUGGAGAAGGCUAUGAUUCCCGGGCUGUCUUGGCACGGCAGUUCCAAUGAGUGGCUCGGAGGGGUCUCAGUUGACGGCGGCCAGCGCUGUGUCCAUGCUGCCCCAGCUGCAGGUUCGGAGGAGAUUCAACGCUUGUUGCAAGGCAACGCUUGGAACGAUGCCUGCAGCCAGGUCAUGGGCUCUGGGAAUGUGGGGGACGGGGCAGCGAUGCGAGCGUCACAUCUGUCUUCUGCUUCUUGCAGCGCUGUUGGUGCCUGCAAGGGCGUCGGAGGUGAGACGAAUCGUGCUUUGCUUUCGUUUCGUUUCUUUGCGGCGAUGGCCUCCUCGGCCAAGGGCCGCUCCUGGGACGCCAUUGGUCUGGUGGGUUUCUUGGGCGUCAUGGGCGUCCGACGGCGGGCGGAGUUGCCACAUCGCUCAUCGCCACAGGAGCUCUCUUUGCCCGGCCAUGUUUGCAUCGUCACGGGCGCCUCCGGAGGGAUGGGCGCCGAGGUCGCGUGGGGACUGGCCGAGGCUGGAGCCAGCCGGGUGCUCAUGGCCUGCCGCAACCUCGAGCGCUGCGAGCAGGCGCGCGCCAAGAUGUUCUCACGAUGCGUCAGCUCCCUGGAUGCUCCAGGCGCUUCCGUGACGGAGAGGUCGGCGGCCAGCUUCCGUGCAGCCAGGAGGCGGCAGUGCCAGGAACUUCAGCGGCGCUUGGAGUGCAAAACCCUGGACUUGACAGACUAUAAGUCGAUCGAAGCCUUCGCAAAGGAUUCUGCAAGCUCGGGUGCGCAGCAGUUCGUGUUGGUCAACAAUGCGGGUGUGAUGGGGGAUGUCGAAGAUUCGGAGAAUGCCAGCGACGAGCUUGUGGACAUGCAGAUGCGCACCAACCAUUACGGUCAUUUCCUGCUGGCUAAACUGCUGCUCCCCAGCAUGGACUCAUCAUCUAUCCUCGUGGUAGUUGCGAGUCGGGCGCAUCGACAGGGGUCUCUGACAAUCACAACCCGUGACCCUGGCGUUCUUCUGAGGAGCGAGGAGAUUCAGGGCUCCCCUCCCUACGCUCGUUUGUUGCAUGCCCUUGGGCUGGGGUGGUAUGCGCGCUAUGCUCGGUCGAAGCUCUGCAAUGUCCUCUUUGCCGCAGAGGUGCGCAGAAGAUAUCCUGAUGGACCGAUAAGCGUUGCAGUCUCCCCUGGGCUCGUCAACACCGGAAUUUUUGCAUCUGUGCCGGAGCCUCUGGGGAAGGCAUUGUGCUGGUGUGCGGAGAGGCUGUUCCAGACUCCACAGGAGGGAGCUGGUCACAUCCUGGCGGCAAUCGCGGCCGCGCGAGCUGCACAGGCGCAGUCGAUGCAGUCUGCAAAGGGGGAGGAUGGCUCAGGUCUGAGAGAGCUGCCGCUCUACUGGCAUUGUGGAGAGGCGCAGGAGCCAUCCAAAGCGGCCUUGGAUGCAGGCCUAGCCGAGGCACUCUGGCGUGCCAGUGAAGAGGCGAUCGACCUCCACGAUGACCCAAAGCCGCAUGAAGGCAAUGCAUCGCAUACACUGCCCGUGACGACGAGGCCACCUAGCACCAAGCCUCCGGCGGCGAUCCUGCGAAGUGUGGCAGAGGAGAUCAAGGAGGAGCUGAAGGACUCCAAGUACCAGGGUGUUGCAGCACUCAUGGCAUUCUGCUUCGGCACUGUCCUCGUCUUCAAUGGCGAUUUCUCCUUCAAGGGGAUAAUCGCUUGUUGUGUGUUCGUGGUGGUCGGCAUUACGGCGAUGAACGAGGUGAAUGACUGGGGUCAUGUUGCCCGAUCCGUCGUUGGUGUGGAGGCGGGCUUUGUCGGUGCCUUUGCGGCCUAUCGGGGCAUGGAUGGCAUGGAAGUCACUGUAGGCCGGACAAGUGCCAUCCUUUGUCGCGGUUGCACCUGUGACUCUUGCAGGUUUUGUCGGCGACUUGAACUCUCCAUGGACGGAACUGAAUCCUUGUGCGUUUUGAGCAGGAGCCUUUCUGGGUGUAUUGGCAGCACUGAGAUUGCUGCAGCUUCUGAACACGUCGGACACCCAGGGCGAGAGGGCAUUUCAGCUUGCAGUCUCCAGGGUCCAAUGUGUCCUCAGCAAGCUGCCUGA